AAAAAUCUCCAGUCUGAAGCUUCUACAGUCUUCAAUCAGCUAAAAUCACUGCAGUCAUGGCUUCCUCCAGCAGUUUCCUGUCUGAAGAUCAGCUCCAGUGCUCCAUCUGUCUGGAUGUGUUCACUGAUCCAGUCUCUACUCCAUGUGGACACAACUUCUGCAUGACCUGUCUCAAAGAGUGCUGGGAUACCAGUUCUCAUUGCCGGUGUCCAUUAUGUAAAGAGGAAUUUCCACAAAGACCUGAAUUACGAGUUAACACCUUCAUCUCUGGACUGGUUGCUCAAUUGAUGGAUCCAGUUCAGGUCAAAUCAAGCAGCACUGCAGAAGAUCCCACAGCAUAUUUGGUUCUUUGUGACAUUUGCAGUAAAAAGAAACGUGAAGCUCUGAAGUCCUGUCUGAUCUGUGUGGCCUCUUACUGUAAGACUCACCUGGAACCUCAUCAGAGAGUUCCUUUAUUAAAAAAACAUAAACUUAUAGAUUCUGUGGAGAACCUGGAGGAUUACAUCUGUCAGAAACAUGAGAAACUUCUGGAGAUGUUCUGUAGAGACGACCAGACGUGUGUGUGUCAGUUCUGCACAGAGACAGACCACAAGAACCACAACACAGUUCCUAUAGAGGAGGAGAGUGCAGAGAAGAAGAAUGAGCUAGUGAGGAACCACGCAAAAGUUGAGCAGAUGAUCCGGGACCGCUUGAAGAAGAUUGACAAAAUUAAAUGCUCUGUAAAAAUUAAUAAAAAAAACGCAGAGCAGGAGACAACCGAACACGUGGAGAUCUUUAAAGCUCUGAUAAAUGUGAUGCAAGAGAAUCAGAGAGCAGCAGAGCGUCAGGCUAAAGAGUUCAUUAAAGAUCUGGAGCAAGACAUCACUGAGCUAAUGAGGAGAAACACUGAGCUGGAGCAGAUCUCCAACACUGAGGAUCAUCUCCAUCUCCUACAGAUUUACCCCUCCCUGUGCAGACCUCCACCCACCAACAACUGGACUGAUGUCAGUAUUCAGUCUCAUCUGGAUGUGGAGACUCUGAAGAGAGCUCUGUCUCAGCUCCAGGAAUGUAUUGAUGAUGAAAUGAAGAAGGUCGUCAGUAUGGAACUGCAGAGAAUUCAACAACAUGCAGUGGACGUGAAUCUGGAUCCUGAUACAGCAAAUUCUUACCUGAUCCUGUCUGAUGAUGGAAAACAAGUUACAUGUGGAGACACAAAACAGGAUCUUCCUGAUAAUCCAGAGAGAUUUGAUUACUGUCCCUGUGUGCUGGGAAAGGAGGGAUUCUCCUCAGGGAGAUUUUACUAUGAGGUUCAGGUUAAAGGGAAGACUGAGUGGGAUUUAGGAGUGACCAGAGAGUCCAGUAACAGGAAGGGAGGGAUUAAACCAAAUCCUACAGAUGGAUAUUGGUUUGUGUGUCUGAGAAAUAAAACUGCAUAUUUAGCUCUGGAUUCUCCUCGUGACUCCCUCUCCUUGAAACAGGCUCCUGAGAAGGUGGGAGUGUUUGUGGAUUAUGAGGAGGGUUUGGUAUCCUUCUAUGAUGUUGAGAAUGAGUCUCAUAUCUACUCUUUCACUGGUCAGUCUUUCACUGGAAAACUCUAUCCCUUGUUUAAGCCUGGUCGUAAUUGUGGAGGUAAAAAUUCAGCACCACUGAUCAUCUGCCCUGUUAGUCAAGUUCAAUCCCAAUUAGUGAAUGUAAUGCAACGCUGCUGUCUAUCACUGUUUAUAUUCUUCCUGCUUUACUUUUUCCUCUCUAUUAUUUUACGAAUGGAUUUUUGUGCUUAUGUCCCACACUUUUUGAGAUACCAUCAUUGAACCAGCUUCAGAAUGUUUGAUCUGGUUGUGGUUUUUAAUUGGAUGUUUGGUUUCCACAAGGUCUUUUUUUUUUUUUAUCUCUAUAACACUCAAAAACAUUCUAAAACAUUAGCAACUACCAGAAAUUCAUCACAACCAAGUCAGAGUCAAGUCAAGUCAAAUGUAUUUGUAUAGCUAUUUUUACAAUUAACAUCGUCUGUAAGCAAACUUAAGGUUAAACUAGUGAAAAGAAUAAGCAAGCAGUUGGAGUUCAUUAUUCUGUCCAGUGUGUGAUAAACUCAAUAGUGAGUUCUGGACAUUGUGAGAACAGACACAAGUACGUCGUAUCUAGCAGGAGCAGCAUUGUUGGCACGAAAGUCACGACUUGCAGGCUUCAACCCUGGGUGGGUAAACAGGUUUCCAUCAGAACAACCUCAGGGUAAAACAACAGAAGAUGUAGUUACAAUGUGAAAUCAGUAAUAGUAAAAUGUCAGUUUUACAGAGAACAGCAUGACACUCCAGCACCCCUAAUUAUUACAGCAUAACUAAAAGAGAGAGCGAGCAGGUAACACAGCCAUGAGGGCUUUCACAGGACGUCAGCGCCCACCUUCCCCACAGUCAUCAAAACUGAGUGAUCGGCCUAAAGAGGCUGAAUGACAGAAACCCAACAUCCCUGAUUACAACUUUCUAUGACCUUUGAACUUUCUAUGAACUUUCUUUUCCUUCGUUCUGUGGUCCAUCUCAUUCCAAACUUUUAGGAAUCUAAGGUAUAAAACAUAUUCUAAUGUUAUACUGGUCACAUAUUUCAAUGUGUCUUCUUUUAUAGUUUUGAGGCCAAAUUUCUCCAAGUAGGUGCUCAGCAUGGUUUUGGUCCAAUUGUUUCCUGUGUUUCUUUAUCGAGAGAGGAUUUUGAAUCCACAUUUGCACAAAGAACCACAAAUGUACCCUGUGGGGACAGUCCAGUCAAAUUCCUGCUUCCUUCCUCUUUAUCCAAAGUUCUAUCUUUCUUCCAUUGGGGGCAACAGGAUGCCCACAGCACCAACACUUUCACCAAUGCCCAGGGACUGAUCAGUGCACUCUGAUUGGCCAAACUCUCUCCUAGAGUGUUUCUUACACAAUGUAGAGGUCACUUUUUAUAUGUACAUGAUCAUUGUGGUGUGUUUUUUAAAAUGAUAUCUGACGUCUGUGGUUCAUAUUUUUCUGUUCUUUUGUUGGUUUGAUUUAUUUGAGUUUUAUAUAAAUGACUUUCUCUCAG